GCAGGGUAGAGCCUAGAGCUUAUAUAAGGGAGAUCAGUGGGGCCGCCUGGACCAGACUUUCUUGUGACUUAGUGUAGUGUACACCUGCCAGACUCUGUCCUCACGAUAUGAAGCAGGUGGUGUUGAGGAGCAGUAAGGUUGGGGUGGUGUGGGUGGCAGUUGUGAUGAUGGGUGGCAUAAUGGGCGGUGUUCUAGCUGGCCCAUCAACACUAACUCAUCAUCAACAAGAACAUCAACAGCCUCAACAUCCAGACACAACUGAGGUCAGCCAAGACACACACAGCCAACAGCAGAGAGAUGGCAAAUUAUUCGUCUUGGCGAAGAUUCCAGCAACGCAGUGCGUUACCACUGACACCACUAACACUCUGGGCACUUGUAUGUCGUCUUAUCAAUGUACUACUUCUGGAGGAGUGUCUAAGGGCACCUGUGUUAAAGGACUGGCCGUCUGUUGCUUAAUUACGAGGACUUGUAAAGCUACGUCAAGUCUGAAUAACACGCACUUCGUCAACCCCAGCGCCAGCAACACGGAGCUGGGAGCCUGUACUCUGACCAUCAACCACAUGAACGACAACAUCUGUCAGAUGAGACUUGACUUUAUCUCUCUUGAGCUCAGUCAACCAGAUACGAACGGCAAUUGUGCAACUGAUUUUCUGGCUGUGACCGGAGGAGUAUCCGACGUUCCCAUGAUUUGCGGCUCCAAUAGUGGCCAACACAUUUACUACGAUGUGGACCCUAAGGGAGGUCCAGUGAAGGUUACUAUCGACCGCUUGAUCAUAUCUCUCAAGACUAACACCUGGAAUAUUAAGAUCACACAAAUCGCCUGUAACUCCAGGUACAGAGGUGAGGCUUCAAGUGCUUGUAUUAGAUUCUCACGUCUAUUGAAAUGCCCUAACUCAUGUCUCCAGCAUAACAUAAAGCUUACCCUUGACCCUGACUUUGAGCAUAUAAGGCACAGGGUGAUUCUCCAAGCCUUUGUUGUGGGAAAAAGGUGCGUCUUAUAUGCCGGAAAAUACGGUAUAUCUCUUAUCCAGCAUCUGUUAUUCCACUCCAGUUAUCCUUGCUGUAAUAAAAUGGUUGUUGAUAUUGUUGCAGCAACGAGACAGUUGGCUAACCAGGACUACGGUGUGUGCAUCAAAAGAGCUGAUAGCUACUGUGGCAUCACAUACAAACGAAACACAGACUUGGGCAACUAUGGCUUCACCGUCAGUGGCCAAGUGUUAGCUGUAGACCCCGUCCUCAUCGGUACCUUCGACGCAGGCAGCCUGGACAGCCAAUGCCCCAAAGACUACGUGAUCAUCCCUGGAGGCAGGUACACUAAGUACGAGCCUGACCCGGCACUUUACCCGGCAGACAGAUACUGUGGUCUUGGCUUCCCAUACUCCGUCACCACCACUUCUCAGCCAUUCGUGAUGUACGUGCGGACAGAUGGUGAUGAGCUUCCUGAUGAUGCCAAUGUAGGAUUUAGCCUCGAUUAUCAGAAGAGAAUAAUCGUAUACUUCUGGACGACUCAAGAUUCUACCCAGAGCUGUUUGGACGACUCAAGAUUCUACCCGAGCUGUUUGGACGACUCAAGAUUCUACCCAGAGCUGUUUGGACGACUCAAGAUUCUACCGAGCUGUUUGGACGACUCAAGAUUCUACCCAGAGCUGUUUGGACGACUCAAGAUUCUACCCAGAGCUGUUUGGACGACUCAAGAUUCUACCCAGAGCUGUUUGGACGAUCAAGAUUCUACCCAGAGCUGUUUGGACGACUCAAGAUUCUACCCAGAGCUGUUUGGACGACUCAAGAUUCUACCCCGAGCUGUUUAA